AAACUCACAGCCCGCUCUCUCUUCCCAACACAUCCAACACACCAACUUCGCUUUCAUAUCAGUCACAACCUCCAACUUCCCUUUAGCAACAUACGUGCAAUGUCUGCUUCUACGUCAAGAAAGGUCGCAAAGAAGGUCCUGUCCGUGGAGACGGAUGAGGGCGCAGGUGCCAAAGUACGGCGGUCCAUCGGUACACCACAGCUGAGGAACCUCACACCGUUCCUCAUGCUUGAUCAUUUCCAUACCCCAGCCGGAGCGGGAUUCCCAGACCACCCCCAUCGCGGUCAAGCGACCGUGACAUACAUGCUUGAGGGGUCAAGUUUGCACGAAGACUCCGCAGGCCACAAAGGCAAGAUCGAGGCCGGCGGUGUACAGUGGAUGUGUGCGGGCCGAGGCAUUAUCCACGCCGAAAUGCCGCAAUCCGGGCCUGGGAUCCCAGACCCCCGUGGCCUGCAGCUUUGGGUCGACUUGCCAAAGGAGUUCAAGAUGGUCGAGCCCUCGUACCAGGAGCUCGGGCCUAAGCAGAUACCUGAGGCAUACCCGCAGGGCAAGGAUGGCCCCGUGAAGAUCAGGGUCAUCAGUGGCAAGAGCCACGGCGUCGAGUCGCCUGUCCGGCCACUCGGCGGUUGCUGGUAUUUCCACGUUAUAUUCAGCAAGCCAGGGACGAUAUUCCAGGAUAUCCCGGCCGGCUGGACGACCUUCCUCUACACCCUGAAAGGCGCCGUACGUGUAGGUUCGGACUCAACAGUCCAUGGACCAUUCCACACGCUUGUGCUUUCCGCCGCCCCUGACGAGACGGGCAUCGAGUUCACCGCGACCGAGGACAACACCGAGUUUAUCUUGUGCGCGGGCGAGCCGCUCGACCAGACCGUGGUCCAAUACGGCCCCUUCGUGAUGACCUCGAAAGAGGACAUCCAGAAGACCUUCAUCGACUACCAGUACGGCCGGAACGGCUUCGAGAAGGCACACGUCUGGAAGAGCGAAAUCGGCAAUAUGUAAUUCGCCGGGCACGCUAUAGCCCUUGUACCCCCUGUAUAAUAACCCACUGCGACGUAAUUCAAGCGCGAUGCCUCGGACUGCGCUAUGCUGUCCGCGUUUUCUUCUCCUUCCGCCGGCCCGGCUUCUCCUCGUCCUCGGAGUCCGAGUCUACGACGGGCAUUGCGUCCCAAACGUCGUCCUCGUCCACGACCUCGCCCGCCGUGCCGACAGACGCGUCUAUAUGGCCGUCCCAGACGACAACGGUGGGUGUCACUUUCAUGUACAGUUUGUCGAGCACGUCGCCCUUGCGUUCCUGCUGCGCGCCUGCCUCUGCGGGCGGGCUAAACGUGCUGUGCAGCCGCACGAACCGGUCUUGCGCAGCGGACGCGAGCAGAGAGUGCGUGGGUGCGAUUGAGGAGACCGCACCAGCGAGGCCCUUAUAGCUGUAGAUCGUCCGCCCGUUUCGCAAAUCCAGUGCGGCAAGCAGACAUCCCCUGUCGGCAACAAACACCUCAUGUUCGUUGGAGCCCUUUUCGACGGCACUGACCCCGCCUGUCUUGCCUAUCCCUUUCCAAUCGGAAACCGGUCUGCGGGCAGCGCGGGUAUCAUAUCUCCGGAUGCCGCCAUUUGCUGUUCCAAUGAGCAGAUGUUGUUGAGACGCAGAAGUUGAGGGUUGUAGGUAUGUAAGGGCCGUAUUGUGCACCGGUUGGCGUAGGCUGAGAUGGUCGUUCGGUACAUUUUUCGCUCUCCAUAGCUCCCCAGGUAGUAGCUGGUCACUCCGUUUCCGCUUCUUGGUCUCAGUGGAAGCAUUUUGGGGUGCGGCUUCCUGAGGUCGAGAGAACGCCUUCUCAGUGUCCCAGAGGGAGAGCUCGACCUCGUCUCCGCCGUACGCAAAGGAUGUGCUGUCGGAAGAGAGGCGCCAUUCGCACAAUCGCAUGGGGAGUGCUGCUAGGGAAGACGAGGGUUCGGCACCGUUUUCUCCAGGUUUUGUGAGGCGCAGCGCGCCAUUGGAGGUGCAGGAGUAGACUCCGUUUUCUGUGUUGGCGAGCCCUACGAACCGCUGGCCGUCUUUCAAACGCGGUUCCGACCACUCAUGUACGACCGAGAGCUUGGUCUCAUCGGUCACUUCGUACAGCGACGCGGAUCCGUCCGCGCGGAGUGCGGACAACAGAGUAUCUGAGCCUGCCGAGUGCACUGCGAGCUUCUGUACAGUUUUACUCCGGCCGGAGGGGCUCCCGGGCACGAGUACCGUCGUGGUUGGCUUCCAUUCAUUUUUUGUCUCGCCAGGUGCGUACGAGAUAGACUUUAUAGCCCCGAGUUCGUCUCCAGAGAAGAAGUGUGGCAUGGCGAGGCGAGGAGCGGAGUGGUCG